CUGUUUGAUACAUACAAAUCAGAAAUACAAUCCAGAAAAUCCUAUAGACUACUAAUGGUUUUGGAUAACAAAAUAAAAUACACUAAUCUUCUUCUGAAAUCAAGCUGGAUAUGAAGAUCACAAAUAAUUGCUUUCGACGAUAGUGAGGCAGUUACUGUACACACUUUCCUUCCAGGUCCUGUCGUUUUUCUACAUGCUGCUUUCAGCAUGGCACCGAAAGGAAAGAACCGUAAGGCAUUAGCCAAAACACAUUUUGUGAAUGUAAAGGACGAGUUUGAAAAUGACAACGAUGGAGAUGAGGAAGAAGAAAUCAAUGGAGAUGGUCCUCAAUCGGACGACGAAUUUAAUUUGGACGAGGUUUUACGUUUGGGUGGAACCCGAGCUGACUUUGCCCUGCUUGCCGCCAUCAUUGAUGAGAACGAGCUGAUCGACGGUGGAAAGAAAGGAGCCAUAGAUGACCUGGAACCUGGCGAGUUGGAGACAUUCAUCACCAAGCUGGGCAUCCGCUCAUACAAAGAACAUCAGAUUGUCCCAGAUGAGCCUACAGAGGAAGAGAAGGCAGAGGCAAGCCAAAAGGAGAGCAAAAAGGCUGAUGCCAAGAAAGCCAAGUCAGAUGAUCAGAAGCCCAAACCAGAGCCUAAAGGCAAGGACCUGCCUACCACAUCUACAGUCGAGACAAACAAUAAGAAAAAUAAAGAGACAGCAAAAAGCGUCCCGGCCACUGGAAAGAAAGCUAAACUAAAUGCCAACGUAUUUGAGUUUCAGCCGAGGCAGCUGCUUCUGAUCAAACCAGGUGGCAAGUGGUUUGACUUGGAGUACACUGCAGAGGGUACCUCUAACCCACAGGAUGAGUCUCAAGUCUCCCAGUACAAGGCCCUGGCUAUAAAGCUGUUUGAGGCUGAGACAGGGCUCUACAAGAGCAAGAAGAACAUGCAGAAGGGGGCCAACUCAGCCUGGAUGAAAAAUGUGGUCUCCUCAGGGACGCUGGCUGACAGGAUGGCAGCCAUGACAGUUCUGAUCCAGGAUGCCCCGGUACAGAGCAUAGAGCAUGUGGAGAACCUGGUCUCCAUGGUGAAGAAGAAGGGUAGUCGCAGACAGGGGCUGAUGGCUCUGGACACUCUCCGAGAGCUCUUCAUGUCUGACCUGCUGCCAGUGAACCGCAAGCUCAGGACCUUCUCCCAACAUCCCUUUGACAAGCUGGAGCAGAAGGCGAGCGGGAACAAGGACGUGCGCGACCGCCGCCUCAUCCUGUGGUACUUUGAGCACCUUCUGAAGUACCACGUGGCUGAGUUCGUGGUGGCCCUGGACCAACUUGCCCACGACACGGUGGCAACCACCAAGGCCAAAUCUCUGGCCACUGCCCACGAGCUGCUGCUCAACCGGCCCGAGCAGGAGAGGGCCCUUCUCAUCCAGGUGGUUAACAAGCUGGGAGACCCUGAGUACAAGACGGCAGCCAAGGCCUCGUACCUGCUGGAGACCCUGCUGCACAAGCACCCCAACAUGAAGGCGGUGGUGUGCAGCGAGGUGGAGCGCCUCAUGUUCAGGCCCAACAUCAACCUGAAGGCCCAGUACUACGCCGUGUGCUUCCUCAACCAGGUGCUGCUGAGCCACGACGAGGCCGAGCUGGCCAGCAAGCUCAUCUCCAUCUACUUCUCCUUCUUCCGAGCCUGCAUCAAGAAGAAGGAUGUGGAGUCCAAGAUGCUGAGCGCCCUGCUGUCGGGCGUGAACAGGGCCUAUCCCUACGCCAAGGCCGGGGACGAGAAGGUGAAGGAGCAGCUAGACACGCUGUUUAAAGUAGUGCACCUGGCGAAGUUCAACACUGCCGUCCAGGCUCUCAUGCUGCUCUUCCAGGUGAUGAACUCUCAGCAGAUCGUCUCAGACCGCUACUACGUGGCUCUCUACAGGAAGCUCAUGGACCCAGGUCUGUCUCUGUGCUCCAGGCAGAGUAUGUUCCUCAACCUGCUGUACAAGUCUCUGAAGGCAGACAUCGUCCUGCGGCGGGUCAAAGGCUUUGUGAAGAGGCUGCUGCAGGUCAGCUGUGAGCAGAACCCUACAUUUGCCUGCGGGGCUCUCUUCCUUGUAUCAGAGGUCAUGAAGGCCAAACCAGGCCUCAAGCUGCUGCUGCAGGAGGGUGGGGAUGGUGAAGAGGAGGAUUUCAAAGAUCUUAAGGAAGAGGAUGAUGAGGAGAGGUUUGUAGAUGCAGAUAAGGUGGAGGAAGGACUGUGUGAGGUCAAACCGGAACUGCCGAAGCCCACUGCAUCGUCGUGGGUACAUCACCAAAACAUUGAAGGUGGGAAGGGUAUGGAGACCUACGACCCGUUACACAGAAACCCCCUAUACUGUGGGGCUGACCACACCACGUUAUGGGAGCUGCAAAGGCUCUCUGCACAUUUCCACCCGUCAGUGUCACUGUUUGCCAAGACAAUCCUACAGGGAGAGUUCAUCAACUACACAGGAGACCCUCUCCAGGACUUCACUCUCAGCAAGUUCUUGGAUCGCUUCGUCUUCAGGAAUCCCAAACAACUGAAGGGCAAACAAAACACAGACGCUACAGUUAUGCAGCCCAAACAGAAGCUGGCUAUGAAUAACAUCCACAAUUUACCUGUAAACUGUGAGGAGUUCCUGUCCAAUAAAGAGAGUCAGAUUCCUGUGGAUGAGGUCUUCUUCUAUCGGUACUUCAAGACACGAGAAGCGGAGAAGGCACUGCAUCGGCCACGAGGAGAUGGAGAUAACGAGAGUGUGGAUGACGUGGACGAUGAUGAGUUUGAGAAGCUGCUCGAUUCAUACGAGGGAGACAGUUACUUCACUGACUUGCCAAUUGAUGAAACAGACCUGGACUUUGCUGGCAAUGUUAAGACCAAAUCUAAGAAGGGGAAGAAGGGUGGAGAGGAUGAUGAGGAUGAGUCAGAUCUGGAUGAUGACUUGGAUGGUGAUCUGGAUGAUGAGGAGUUGUCCCUUGGCAGUAUGGACGAGGAGGACUUUGGAGAUGAACUGGAGGAGGAGGGGGGGGCCUUCAUGGACCCCGCUGGGGAGGAGGAUUCAGAUGAUGAGAUGGAGAUUCCAAACCUCACUCCAGGUUCUAAAAAGAGCAAGAGGAAGGCAUCACAGGAUCUUAGCUGCAGUGGGUCUCUAGGUUCCAAACCAGGGAAGAAACCCAAAGGGAAGAAGGACACGGCCAUGUUUGCAUCUGCUGAAGAGUUUGGAUUUAUGUUGGAUGAAAAUGCUGGCUCAAAGUUUGACAACAUCGGCAUGAAUGCCAUGGCCAACAAAGACAAAGCAGGUGUCAGGCAGCUGAAGUGGGAGGCCCAGAGAGACGAUUGGGUCCGAGGUAGAGAUGUCAAGACCCUACGGAAGAAGAAGGCCAUGUUUAACAAGAAGAAACAGUUUGGCAAGCCACAGUUUGGCAAAUCAAGGGCUGGCAAAAAGACUUUCAAGAAGUAGUAAUCAUUUCUGAACCUAAGAUCACUUAAGUUUGUGUUCACGCACACUUCUCUACACCGCCUUGGAACAAUCUUCCAAGGUCUUGCUCUCGAAUCCCAUAAACCCUGGCAUAUUCGCUGGACAGACAAAGUGAUGGUAUUUUAGGCUGCAUAAUUCAGCCUAAUUCUGAAAAAAAUAUGUACACUAAUUGGUCUUUUGACCAAUCAGCUCUGAAAAAGAUUUGAUGUGAUUGAUCAAAAGGCAAAUUAGUGUGGGGGGUCAGAAUUAGGCUGCCUGUGUGAAUGCAGCCUAACACUAUUUUUUUUGUCUCCAGUUUAUUACAAGUCCAACGAAUAUGCCAGGGUUAAUGGUAUUUGCGAGCAAGUGGGUGAUAUGCCAAGGGUGUGUUCCUUAGUGCAAACUGUAUUGCCUUUAUCUAUACCUGUUGACAGUUCCUGGUUUGUUCUACCGAUCAUUGGAGAAAGUCCUUCAUGGCUGUGUGAAAUCAAGUAGGCUGAGUUUACACAGGCAGCCCAAUUCUGAUUAUUUUUCCACUAAUUGAACUAUUGGCCAAUCAGAUCAGCUCUUACCCAUAAUUGGGCUGUCAUGCUUUGAAGUUGGGCUGCCUGUGUAAACACAGCCGCAUUCUCUGUAUUGACAUUCUUAACUCUGUUCUAUAUUUUGUAUUGGUUUAUACAAGGUAAAUACAACAUGAAAACAUUAGCAUACUAUGUCUGGUCUGUAAUAAUUGUAACUGAAGAUGAAACUUUUUAUUAUUUGGUGACGAUUUUAUUGCUGUGCGGUUUGGAAUUGGAACGGCUCUUCAAGUUUGUAUGUUUUGAGCUGUCUACAGCCCGUACCCUCCAGAACAGAGGGAAGCAUGUUGUUCAUACUGUUUCUGAAAUAAAAAUUUACAUUUUGUUACAAAGCAAAACAGUACAUAGCCCAAGAUAGUCAGUGUACAUGGCAAAUGUCAUUUCUAUAUAAAAUGUAAAUGGUACCAUA